CAGUUCCAUAUCACUGAUAACUGGGAAAUGGACAGAGGAAGAAAUUUGGGAGUUCUUGCAGAGGAAGAUUCGGAGGAAGAGGAAGUUGAUGAUGGACAUAAAAAAGAGGGAAGCUCGGACGAGUCUGAGAGCGAUGAUGAUGAUGAGCCCGAUCCCUCGGCUCGACGCGAGCCCAAUAAGUUUGACAACUUGUGUGAUGGUGUCACCAACACUAUGGCCUAUGUACAUGGAGCUAUGCAAGAGCUUCUAAAUAUGAAAGAUGAGAUGCUGAAACAUGCUCUUCCUCCUACAUUGCUGAUAAAACUCGCAACAGUCACUGGCAAAGUGUUUAGAAGUGUGAGUGACCUUAACAUGCCUGUUAAUGAGCUGGUCAGACUUGUGCGAGUGUACUCGACACCCUGGGAAGAAAAAAGUGCAGCACUCAAGAAACUACAUGAAGAUUAUGAAAAUAAACAAAGACAGCUGAAUAUUGCUGUAAAAAGGCUGCAGCUUGUUGAUGCACAUUCAAAGAGAAUUGCCAGAGAGAAGCGCAUUAUGAACUGGGAAAAGUUGUUUGCCAAGAUUAUGAGCAACAAGGGCCAUGGCAGAAGAUGGAAAUUCCUGAUUGAGACUAUCAAACAAAAAGCAAAACUAGGUCUUGAGCAUGUGCAGGAGUACACAAGAGCUCUAGAGGAAAGUUCUGAUGAAGAAGAAGAUGAGGAAGACGACAUGCCGAUGACAAUAAAACGACCGGGAGAGGACAGCGACAAAUUAUCUGACCUAGAAGAAGGUGAAGAAGAUGAUGAGAAAACUUCGACAGGUAAAGACAGCAGCGAGGAGACAGAAAAAUCUGAGAAAGAGGAAGAGGAUUCUACCAGAGUUGGCUCCCCCAAGAAAGUGAGAUUUGCCUCCCCUAAAGAACCUCCAGCCCCAGUGUACGUAAAACCGCCCUCUAGUGAUGUCACAGUGUGGACGGGCGAACCUGAGUAUGACCACUACCUUUACUGUAGAGUGUACCAGCCAACCAAAGUAGAAGAGCGGGAACUAAAAUGUGUCAUUACGCUAGGGGACCAGAUUAAAAGGACCAAAAGGAUUGAUGCAGAAAGGCCUGUCUCACAGCCCCAGCCUGAAAAAGAAGAACCGAAGCCAAAAGGCCGAGGUCUAAUUGGUUCAAGGGCAAAGCCAGGAGCAGAAGACAAAAUGGCUCAAUUCAAAAAAGAGGCUGAACAAAGAAAGGCUGAACAGGAGGCAAAAACAAGCAGUCAGGAUCAGUCAGGGGCAAAUGCAGGUAAGAUGGGUGUUGAUAAUAAUGUGGAAGUGGAAGAGGAAGUAGCUAAUGUGAAAAAAGUGGAAGGUGGAGAAAAAGUGGAAAAACCAGAGAUUGUAAUCACUAUGCAGUUUUCUGAGGAACUGGAAAGCAAUGAAGAUGUUGAUUCAAAAUCUGAGACAAACACAGAGAAGGGAGAUAACCCUGAAAAGGCAUUGCCAAAUGAUGUUGAGCAAGCUGAUGGUGUUGAAAAAUUAGAAGAAAAGAAUGCCACAAAAGUUGAGGAGGGAAAACCUGAUGAUUCAAAGGAUGAAGAAAAACCAGAUCCCUCAAAGAAACCAAAAGAGUCAGAUGAUUCAAAAGAUGAAGAUACCUCAAAGACACCGAAGGACUCAAAAGAGCCACCAAGAAGGAGAUUUGUGAAGGACCUGAAGAAGUCCUCAGAAUCAGACUCCAAAAAGAUGGCUCGGUCUCUGUUGCAGCAGAAGAAGAAAAGUGGGACUGUUCCAAUGAAACAAAAAGGGGUUGUCAAGUCUGGUGCCAGAGAACCAGCCAAGAAGGAAGAUUCCAAAGAGAGGGGUGGGCAGGAUGAGGAACCACAAGCAGCAGAAGUUGAAGAAUAUCAGGAGAUAUUUUUUGACAUCCCAGAAUACUUUGGAAAUGAUAGUGUGUGGCGUAAAGGCAAGGAGGAUGAACCCAAAAGCCUGAAACUCUCCGUUCAUAAAGGCCCCACAGAAGAGAUGUUCGCCAUGGCAACCAUUGACCUGGAUGACAUUUUCGAACAGGACAUAAAGACUGUGUUCCUCGCAGAGCCCCACGGGGAUGAUGAUGUUCCUCCUCCCCCAGGGGAGAGAGAGAAGGUAGAAGAACUAGACCUCAAACCCCCCUCUCCAAAAACUGAGAAUGGGGCCCCAGUGGAGAAGCAUGAUAUCCUCAAAAAGGUGGAGCCUCUCCACUUCCCAAUCUUUGCUCUCAACCCUAAGAAGACUGAUAAUGUCCACGAGCCGUGUGGAAAUGUGCCCAUUGUGUUUUACUUGGCCAAGCGGGCAAAACCCAAAGUGUGGAAUAGAAAUAAUGGCACUGUCCCCUUCAAUGACUUUAUCAUGGACAUUGCUGGCAUCGAUCUUCAAACCUGGAAAAAAGAGGACAUGUUUAAAGAAACGGAGAGCCGAGCAGCAUCUGCCAUGGAGUGGCAGCCAGAGGUGCAGGUCAAGGUCGUAGAGAAAGAGGUCAUCAAAGAGGUCAUAGUUCAGGCAGAACCAAAGAUCAUCGAGGUCCCUAAAACACCUCCUCCUGCUGAACCAGAACCUCCAAAAGAGGAUAUGGUCACAAAAGCAGAAUAUGACAAGCUGAUAGGAAAACACAGUGAGGAAUUACAGCUGGUGCAGGCCGAGUAUGAAAAACGUCUACAAGAAUUGUUAGAGAACCUGCAACAAAUGCAGCAAACACAGCUUGAACAGAAAGAGUUGCUCCUGCAACAGCAGCAACAGCAACAGAAUCGUCCACCACUUGUUCACCAGCGUCCAGUGUCCAGCAGCAGUAAGCGGUCAUCUGCUAGUGGGGGGCGAACCUCAGCUGUCCCCCCUAAGACCCCCUCACAGCUUCAGCCCUCCACUAUGGUAUCACCCAGUCUUGGAGUCAGUCAAGACAUAAACUUGCUGCCAAAAACACCACAGACUUAUGACACACUAACACCUAUUGGGUAUGAGUCUAGAACAGAAAAUCAGUCUUUGGGUCACUCUAUGCCAGAUCUUCCCUCCUUCCAAAGGAAACAAUUCAAGGCCAGCAGGCCCCUCCCAACCCUGGGUUCUGAUGUUCCAGAAGAUUUCAUGUCACGCUUGGCCUGGUUUGAGGAGACCAGUAAAAAACACCAACAGGAGAACCAGGAGCGGACCAUGAAAACGAUCCAAGAGGAGCUAGAAAAAAAGCUGGCGGGGCAGAAUAAACUCAGCCGGAAAGAGGAGGGGCUGUUUGAUGCAAUGAAGGAUGUCAGCUUGCCAGCAUUGUUUAUGCCAACAAAAACCAACAAUGCCACUAUCUACAAUCCCAGGGCACAUCAGUAUUUCCAUCCUACGGGUUCCACAGAUUUAAGGUUGUCUCAACCUCCAUCUGUAUUCCAGUUACCUCCCCUUCCUCAGAAAUCUAGAAUGUCGGUGGUUAAUCUCUUUGAACUGAGCAGAAAUUUUAAUCGUAAGGACCAAGCAUGGCUGAUGGACAAAUACAUUCAACAGCAGGAGCCACUACAGAAUGUACAUGGGACGGUCCCGCAGACCCCUGCCCCGACCCAGGACCAACAGAGUGUUAGGGAUGACAGCCCAGGCAAACAAAGGGAGAGACCCGCACAGAUGUGAAUCUUUUCAUACAUUUCCUAGGAAUUGUUCAUAUGGCAAAGGACAUGGAUGUUUGUCAACCGUCUUAUUUGUACCUUAUGGCAAAAGCAAUGUACAUGUAUCUUUUUUGAGAGUCAGAUUUUUGAGUUAGUUCUGUGAUUUGUUGUUUACCCUGCAUCUGUGAUACAUUUCUAAUUUUAUAUAUUAUUUUUGUAGAUAUUUAACUUUUAACCCGUCCAAUUUUAUAAAAAAAUUAUUUUUUUAAGAAUUUAUUAUUUUUUUUAUAGGAUUGUUUGUAAAUUUUGAUAUAUAAAUUCUGAUAUACUAGGUGACAAACACAGGUACUUCCACAAUUUGAUUUUCAAAGCUAUGUAAUGUCACUGUGUCCAUGAAGUAUUUAAUUCUAUUUGUUGAAUUACAAAUAUUACGUAUAUUAAUAAGAGUCUGAGUGAGAAUUAGAUCUACACUUUAAGUUACACAUAUCUGAUAUUAUCAAUAUAUCAUAUAAAAUUUUCAAGAUAAAAUUUAUUUUUAAAAUUUAUACAUUUGCAAACCACUUGCAAACCAGAAUACUUAUGUGUGCAUGUAUGCAUUUAACACUGUGCAAUGUUUUGCACAUAAAUUCUGUCUUUAUUAUCAUGGUGUGAAUCUAUAAGGUGUUACUGCUGUUUAAGAAUAUGUCAAGAAAUAAAUCCGUUUUCAAAAACGU